AUGAUGCGCCGCGAGGUCCCGUCGUCCCACGCACAACAACCCCCGGUGUCCUUCAUGCACCGCCGGAUAUCCAGGAACCCUGAGCUCCGGCGCAAGCUGGAGCAGAUGGCCCUCCACCUCUCGCCCCUGGUGCAGAUCACGACGGGCAACGUCCACCCGAGUUUCCCCAGGACGAUCCUCCACUACUGGCUCCUCACGGACGCGGAGAUGGAGGACAUGGCGGGCUUCUACCACCAGCGGGACCCCUCCACCCUCACGUACCAGUACCCGUGCCCCAUCAGCUGGUCGUCCAGCCUGCCCCUGGAAGAGAAGAGGCGGAAGAUUGGCAAGUUCAUCGGGCUAAGGGGCUGCGAGUCGCCCGUCUGGCUCAAGACGGAGGAGGAGAUCGCCGAGGAGGCGAGGCAGGCCAGGGGGGCGGCCGAGGAGGAGAUGUGGAGGCGCAAGAACUACCCUUGGCCUGGGCAGGACGUCUGA